AUGUCAAAACGCGCAAUAAAAGAACCCGAAAAUCAAUCUGAACAUCAUUUAGAAGAGGAAAGCCGGAGUCAGGUUAAGCAAAACGUUCCUUCACAGAAAAAACGAAGAAAAGUAAAUGAAGAUUACAAACUCAUUAUAAACGAUAUAUGUAUUCGGACUGAAAUGGAGAAAUGGCGUUUAUCACCAAUAUAUAGAGAAGAAUUUCAUAAACACGACUUAAUAUGUUUCAAUAUUAUUGAUACAACAAGUCCUGCAACAAAAGCAAGAGAGGUUUUUAAAGAUCACUGGAAACUUAUAGUUAGAACUAUAGAAAGAUUAACAUAUAAUCCUCCGGAAAAACAGUUAACUUCAGAUUCUACAUCUACUUCAGAUCAAAACAUCGAUCAAGAUGGGAAUUUUGGAGUAGUAAGGAGAUAUACAAAAAAAAUUGUAAAGGAUGUGAAUCAUGUAGAGAAAUUAUGUGAAGUAAUAAAAAUGGAACGUUUAAAAUUAAGAACAAGUGGCGAUGUGAAAUGGAAAAAACAAGUUUUGAAUUUAUUGAAGAUUUUGGGCGAAAGAACUUUAAAAUGUUCCAAAUAUGUUUUUAAUCAAAUGAAUCAAGUAUCAAAAAAUGAUGAUCAACGUUUUUUGGAUCACGAAAUCGAUGCAAUUAUUUCAAUGUCAGAACUGGAUCUUGAAUUUUCAAUUCUUGAAGUUUCCGGUUCCCCCUCAAGCCUUGAACCUACACGUUAUUUAGGAAACAAGAAUAGAAUUGCUAAUAUGUUGAAGACAAUUCUUAAUUUUAUUAAGAAAAAUUAUUCAGGUUCUCUCGAACUUUUUAGACGGAUAAAGGUUUAUGGUGUACAAAUUUAUAAUCAUUUCUUUUAUGUUUAUAGCUUGUGUAUGCCUUUCGCGGGAGUUUAUUAUUUUAAACUUGAAAUGUGUUUUCCUUAUCCGAUAAUAACCCUUUUGUUAUUUAAAGAGUUGCCAAUAUUUGCAUCAAACUUGUGGGUGAUGCGAGAUAUGAUCAUUUCGAGUACUGAGGAUAUAAAGGCUUAUAUUACAAGUGAGUCUGAUUCUGAAUCAGAUGCAGCACAUGGAAACUUUGGAAUCUUGUUGGCGGAAUUGGAAAUUUCAAGGCUUUCAAUUGAAAAUAUUGAAUCAAGAGCAACUAUUGUAAACUUAAAUAAUAAAAUCGAAAAGUUGGAAAGUGAUAAAAAUGAGAGAUUCAAAGAUGGUGUCAAGUCAACUAGUGGACAAUUAACAGAAAUAAUUCAACAACUUCAUGAGGUUACUAAUUCUUUAAAUUCGUUGAUGGAUUAUAAUCAUCGAAGGAAUUCAGAAAAUUCAAAUUCUUUGCUUGAUCAACCGAACAUAGAAGAUGAUUAUGUUGAAAAUGAAUGUUAUCAAUAUAUUUCAAAAACUUCUCAGGAACUUACAAUUUAUCGAGAAAAACCUAAAGCUCUACUGACAAUAAAUGAAUCGAAUGAAGAGUUAGAGGAAAAAAACUCACGACAGAAAUUAGUUAAUGAAGAGACUUAUUGGGGUCAAAAAUAUAAAUCUCGAAUUCCAGUUAAAAAUUUAACAAAAUAUCUAAUAUCAUCAUCUAAUAAUAACGAUGGUAGCAAUGAUGAAUUAUGUCUUGUAUCAAAACCCUCUGUGAAUCUCGAGAACGAAGAUGUUGUUACAAGAAAAAGCACACGAACGAGAUGUGAUGUGAAUUAUGCUGAACCAAGUCUUCGAAGUAAAUUACGUCAAGGGGAUCCAUUUACAUAUUCAUUAGAAGAAACAAAGUAUUCGAAUCUGGGGAAUACACCAAAGCAAAAAAGGCGUAAAAAAACCACAAAUAAUAAACGUGAUAUUCAAAGGAAAGCACUUUCAAAUAUUACAAAUGCACAAUUGAAUGAACAAUCUAUAUCUCUUAUGAAUACACAACUUUGGCUUACUCUAGAAAAUAUUUCGAAAACUAGUGUUUUUAAUGACUUAAGACGUAUUAAGAUAAAGAUAAAUGAUAGUAGUAACAAGCCCGAUGUUGAGUUGCAAGAAGCCAUUGGCAACGAUGACUAUGCAUUUGCCAUGCUGUUGCAACAGAUGCACGAUAUGAAAAGAGCCGAAGGCAAUAACUUGACUUUUGAGCAUCAUGAAGAAAUUUCUUCAAAUAAUGAUAAAAGCAAAAAGGAGUCUGAAAAAGAAAAAAUUUCCCAAAAGGGCGCCAAUUAUUUUGAUGACUAUUAUUUUGAUGACUAUAAUUUUGAUGACUAUUAUUUUGAUGACUAUAAUUUUGAUGACUAUUAUUUUGAUGACUAUUAUUUUGAUGACUAUUAUUUUGAUUCACCAUCUCCCUAUAAAGCAUUAAAAAACCAGCAAAAUAAUAACAAACCUGAUCACUUCGUACAUAAUAAUAGUCAAUAUGAUAACUUCCCACGUGGUAAUAGUCAAUAUGAUAACUUCGCACGUAGUAAUAGUCAAUAUGAUAACUCCGCGCAUAAUAAUAACCAAUCCGAUUUUUUUACGCGUGGUAAUGAUAACUUCACGCGUAGUAAUAAUGAUAACUUCACGCGUAGUAAUAAUGAUAACUUCACGCGUAGUAAUGAUCAAUUUGAUAACUUCACGCGUAAUACUAACGACUUUUCCCAAAGACGAACCAAGUUCAACCCAUCCGGAAAAGCACCACGCGAAUUCAGAAUUCUUUUAUUAGGUGGAACCGGAACUGGGAAGUCUACCAUUAUCAAUACGGUGACAAAUUACUUUUUAAGCGGCACACUUGAUGAACCAAAGAUUGUCAUUCCAUCAAAGUAUUAUAAAGUUACUGAAAAAGAGUUCGCUAAUGAACAUUCGGAAGCAAAAUUAGAUGAUGUAACUAAAAGCCAAACUACAAAAUGCUACAAUUACAAUUUCGAACACCCUAACAAUUCUGCAUAUAAAUUCAUCUUCAUUGACACUCCUGGACUGAGUGAUACGAAAGGUGUAAAGCAAGAUGACAAGAAUAUUCAAGAGAUAACAGAUGCAGCAAUUUCUGCAGGUACUCUAUCUGCUAUCGUAAUCAUUGCAAAUGGAACUGAAGCACGAGUAACACCAUCAAUCAAGAAUACUUUAGUUCGAUUAGCAAAUAACCUUCCCGAUGCGGUAAUCGGUAAUCUAUUGCUUAUUUUAACAAAGUGCGCGAAAAGUAGCGCAUGUUUUUCAGAACCUUCUUUUUCCAAAGAAAUUGCAAAGCCUAAGCAUAUUUUUUAUAUGGACAACCAAGCUUUCUGUACUGAUCCCCAAAUCUGGAAAAAUGACUUUGAAGAACGUGUUACAGUUCAACAUCAUUGGGAUAAAUCAAUUAGAACAAUUGAUAAUUUGUUAGAGGCAAUCACUGAAAUGUCCGCUACCUCAACACAAGCUUUUGCGAAGAUGAAAGAGUACAGAGACAAAAUUAAAUCUGAAAUCUUGAAAGUCACUCAAGACAUCGCAAAUAUCCAAAAAGUGCAGGAUUCACUUGAUGCUUCCCAAAAAGCCUUACAGAUAUCAGGGAACAAAAAAAACUCUUUUGCUAAUUACACAAAGAAUGAAUCAAUUGAACUUAAGAAAAUUGUUCCAGUUAAUUAUCAUAGUACCGUUUGUACGCUUCAUCUGAAGGAUGACGUUAUUUGUCACGAAGAUUGUGGGCUUGAGUUUAAAAACACUUCUGGAACUGAUCACUUUGGAGGUUGCCCGUGUAUGGGGCCAAAUAAAAUAUGCAGAAUAUGUGGAUGUGGACCAACUAACCACUUUCACGAUAAGAUCAAAUUAAUUAAAGAGACCAAAACAAUUGCCAAAGUUAUCGAAGACAUGAAAGCACAAUACGAUAAUGCAAACCAACAAGAACAAAAAUAUAGCAAUGACGCAAACCAAUAUAAAUCAACCCUUUCAAACCUUCAAGCCACUGCUGACGCUAAAUACAAACACAUUCAUCAACUUUGCACCGAAUUAAGUAAAAUUUGUUCCCGAUUUAAUUUUGUUGAUGAACUUCAUGCAAACAUUGAAAAUAUGAAGCAGGAUGCGAGAACAUUGCAAAAUACUAAUCUAAGAAAGAAUGCUGAAACUGAAAUUCAGAAGCUUGAAAAAUUGGCAAAUGAUUUGUCAAAAUCUUAG